AUGAAUAGUUCAGUGUACAAUAAAACGCAGAAGGAUUACCAUGUCUGAUUUAGAAAGGUCGGAUUCGCUAAUUGCACCAAGGACAUACUUUGGUGUACAUUAUAUUUUAUUCCGGCUCCUUGGUUUAGGAUGGUGGCAUCAUCCCGACGAAGGUGACACCCGGAAUUUCCCUGGAUUAUACAUGUACUAUUCCAUAAUAACAGAAGUGGUCUGGGUAGCAGGUUUUGUUGGACUGGAGACAAUUGACCCAUUUGUGGGCGAAAAGGAUCCAGAUCGGUUCAUGUUUAGCCUUUCCUUUGUGGUCACCCAUGAUCUGACUAUUAUAAAACUGUACCUAUUUUUGUUCAAAAAUAAUGAAAUACAAGAUAUCGUACACACUCUGGCGAUUGAUUUGCAGAAUUUCUAUCAGAACUAUGAAAAGAAUCGACAAACUAUCAAAAUUACGCGAAUACUCACCGCUACUUUUGUUUUCUUUGGAUGGGUAACCAUUGGGAAUAUUGACGUCUACGGUAUCGUUCAGGAUAUUAUUUGGAAGGCUGAGGUUGCGAAGCUGAAUGACACCGCAUUAAAGCCGCCACGAACACUCCCGCUGCCAAUUUACAUUCCAUGGAGUUACCAGAGCGAAAAGUCUUACAUUUCGACUGUUCUUUUAGAAACAGUAGGAUUACUUUGGACUGGUCAUAUCGUAAUGACCAUUGACACAUUUAUUGGUUCCAUAAUAUUACACAUGAGCUCUCAAUUCGCAAUAUUGCAGGAAGCUAUAAUUACUGCAUACGAUCGCACACUUGAACAUUUAUCCAAUGAAAUCAAUCGUGACAUCGUUGACACACAUAUUAUGAUGAUUGACGAUUCUCAUAACACGGAUCUCUAUUACGAAAGAAUUGUGAGAACAUAUUGCACGGAGCAAGAAAUUGAGAAUGCGUUAGAAAAUACGUUGAAGAGCUGUUUCCGUCAACAUCAAAUGCUAAUCAGUUGUGCUGAGAAAUUCGCGUCAACUUAUUCCUACGGCUUUAUGACUCAACUCCUCUCGAGCAUGGCUGCGAUUUGCGUGGUAAUGGUGCAAGUUUCGCAAGAUGCUUCCAGUUUACUGUCAAUCCGCUUAGCGACCUCGCUCGCUUUCUUCGCUGCUAUGAUCACACAACUCGCUAUACAGUGCUUCACUGGUAAUGAAUUAACUUAUCAGGCCGGUCAGGUAGCAGACGCGGUUAUGGCGAGCAAGUGGGAGAGAAUGCCGCCGCGCUUUCGAAGACUUCUUAUGAUGAUGAUGAUGCGAGCCCAACGCCCGAUAAAGCUUACUGCGGCCGGUUUCGCCAACAUGGACAAUCCCUGCUUUCUUGCUAUAAUGAAAGCAGCUUAUUCAUAUUACGCAGUACUAAGUCAGAAAUAAACAUAAUAUUAUUGAAAUAUAUAAAUAAUUCAAUAAAACAAAUAAUAUUA